GAUAGAUUACCAACAGUCACUUUUGACCUAAAGCUAGAAGCUGAGCUUACUACAACCAGCUCUCGAAGACUUGCUCCAGAAGCUGGAAAGAAGCGAAGCGCUUUACCACGUGACAAAUAA